AUGGAGUUGAAUUCCAUUAUUGAGUAUCUUGAUAACAAGAGCAUCCUUGUUACUGGCCCAACUGGUUUUCUUGCUAAGCUUUUUGUGGAGAAAUUGCUAAGAGUUCAGCCUAAUUUGAAACAACUCUUUCUUCUCAUAAGAGCUUCCGAUUCUGCCUCGGUUACUCAACGUUUCCAUAACGAGGUGAUAGAAAAGGAGGUGUUCAGGGUCUUGAAGACAAAACAUGGGGUUGGGUUCAACUCAUUCCUUCCGGAAAAGGUGACACCAGUAGCCGGAGAUGUCACUUUAGAAAACUUAGGAAUCCGUGAUCCCGAACUGACAAGGAAAUUGUGGAGUGAAGUCGAUUUUGUUGCAAACUUUGCUGCAACCACCAACUUUAAUGAGAGAUAUGAUGUUGCAUUUGAUACCAAUACUGUGGGAGCUAAGAAUGUUUCGGAGUUCUGUAUGAAAUGCGUAAAUCUUAAGUUGCUUCUCUACGUAUCAACAGCAUAUGUAUGGGGAGAGAAGUCCGGAUUUUUAUUAGAGAAUCCUCUAAGGAAAGGUGAAACACUGAAUGGAACGACUUCGCCGAAGUUGGACAGCCAAAUAGAGAUGAAACUGAUCUCCCAGAAACUGCAAGAACUCAAAGAUGAGCAAGUUUCAUACAAAGAAGAAACGACAGCCAUGAAAGAAUUUGGCCUUCGAAGGGCAAGGUUGUUUGGAUGGCCUAAUACGUAUGUGUUCACAAAGGCAAUGGGAGAGAUGGAAAUCGGUGUCUUGAUAGAAAGUCGUAAUGAUCUUCCAGUUGUUAUUCUUAGACCCACCAUGAUCACCUCAACUUUUAAAGAACCAUUUCCUGGAUGGAUUGAAGGCAUCAGGAUUAUUGAUAGCGUUAUCCUUGCUGGGGGUAAAGGAAAGAUUAAAUGCUUUCUUGGAAGGGCUGGUCUCAUUACGGAUUUGAUCCCAGGGGACAUGGUGGUGAAUGCAGCAAUAGUGGCAAUGGUAGGCCAUGCAAAUCAACCAUCUGAUAAUCGUCAGCCAAUCAUAUAUCAAGUGGGUUCAUCUGCAAGGUCACCAUUCGAAUACAUUAAGCUCAGAGGUUACCUGUACAAUUAUUUUUCGAAGAACCCUUUAAUCUCAUCACCCACUAGCAAACAUAAGGGAAAACCUAUUCAAGUUUCUCAUCCUUAUGUUUUCCCAACCACGGCCAGCUUCUUUACUUUCCUCUACAUAACUCACAUGUUGCCUUUAAAGGGUUUGCGCUUGGUGAACUCCCUGCUUUGCGAUUAUUUUCGUGACAAAUGUAAUGAUGCUGAACGGAAGAUAACCUUCAUAAUGAAAUUAGUCAAAUUCUAUGAACCUUACAUAUUUUUCGAAGGAAUCUUUGCCGACUCGAAUACAGAGAGGUUAAGAGCAUCUGUAAGAGGGAAUGCAGCUGAGGCAGAUACAUUUUAUUUUGAUCCCAAAUGCAUCAAUUGGGACGAAUACUUUAUGAAUACCCAUAUGCCUGGUCUAGUAAAAUAUGCUCUCAAGUACUAAUUGCUUAAGUGAUAAACUGGAGUUAUGUAUUCUGAAGAACGCAGAUAACUAAAUAAGGUGCCAAGACAGAACCCUCAAAAGUCAUUAUUGUACUUGAAAUGUGGUAGGAACUUAUGAGUUCCUUUCGCUUGUUUCUUUUGAGAAUAUAAUAGCAUUAGUAAAUAAGUACAAUUUAAUCACUCAUAGAUAUGAAGAUUAGUCUUGCUCAAAC